ACCCCAGAAUAUCACGGUAAGCCCUUAAAUUCUGUUCUCUCAGCUGAUUAUUCUGCUUCACAGAGCGAACCUCGACGCCGAACGGUCUUCCCCCAGUCCGGAAAAUGCAUCGACGAGCACCGACAUUCGGUCACAGCACUAACACCGUCGGUGUGACAUUGCGUCACAUCACUAGACGCUCGUUAGGUUUGUGGCCAAUUCGUCAAUCGAUAAUGAACGGAGCAGUUUACGAUCAAUGGGAAGCUGUGCAUUGUCUUCAUAGACAACAGAUAGCAGAUGAAGGGCAUCCAAAAGAUCCGCGCGAUAUAGGUAGAAGAGCUCCCCAAGGCAAGCCGACCAGCGUCAAGACUCGAGAUCACUAUCGACUGAACAAGACGACGGCUGGACAGUCGCUCGUUAUGUGGACGUGUCGCGCAUGUACAAAUCACGAAGCAGCCUGCUUGACAUUCAAUGCCAGCUCGAUGCGAUGACAGCGACAGUGUGCGGAAAUAUGUUCGGUUUCCAGUCCAAAUGCGCGACGCAAAGCAUGGUCACGUCGCAUGUCCUUCCGUAUUGCUUCCAUCCCACGCAGAG